AUGCAUUUUGAUGUGAAUGGUACGAAAGAUGACAGAGUCAGUAACGUCAAGAGAGCCAAAAGUGUUGGAAAAGCAAACGAACAAAUUGCCAAAGUAGUCGAGCAGAGCAUCUCCCAGAAUCAUUUCUGCGUGGCUCUUGGGGGCGACCACAGCAUCGCCAUCGGCACCAUCAUCGGCCACGCCAGGGCUCACCCCAACCUGGCCGUUGUCUGGAUCGAUGCCCACGCCGAUCUGAACCCCCCACUGGCCAGUCCGUCUGGAAAUUCACACGGAAUGCCUGUUUCGUUUUUAUUACGCGAGUUGGUCGAGUACAUUCCUAAGGAUUUGCCUGGGUUUGAAUGGGCCAAGCCAUGCCUCGGCGUCAAAGACAUCGUUUACAUUGGAUUGAGAGAUUUGGAUGAAGCUGAAAAAGCCCUUAUAGAGAAGCACAACAUCCUGGCGUUCACCAUGAGAGAGGUCACUGAACUUGGGGUAGACGCCGUCGUCAGGGCUGCCAUUAAAUACAUUUCACCCUCCGGAACGCGUCCUAUCCACCUGAGUUUCGACAUUGACGGUCUCGAUCCGACCGAUGCAGCCAGCACCGGUACUCCAGUGCCUGGAGGCCUGCUCUUAAGAGAGGGAGUCUAUAUAACCGAAAGCCUUGCCGCAACCGGCCAUCUACAAAUGAUUGACAUGGUGGAAGUAAACCCUACCCUUGGAAGUUCCAAAGAACAAGUUCGCACCUUACAGUCCGCUUGCGAAAUCAUCGGAGCCUGUUUCGGUAAGAGAAACCGCAAGCUAAUGUCUCCAGGGUACAUAAUUCCUAAACCUUAA